AUAUUCGUGUUAACUAAGAAUAAUCAGAUAGAUAAAAAUAAAUAUAUCGAUAUGUGUAUAUUAAGUGUACUAACCUUGUAAGUGUAUAAGGUAAACGAUAAGGUGGGAAAAAAGUAAGAUAAAAGAUUAAAGGAAAAAGUUGAAAAGAGAAAUGGGAAAGGAAAGAGAAAGAUAAAGAAAGAGAGGGAGUGAACGGUGUUUCGGUGGAGGCGCUGUGCAGUGCCAGAAGACCGCGGCGGCGGUGGUGAUUCAGACUUCUUAUCAACCUCGAAAAAGUCGUGGAGAAGAAUAGGGAGAAAUUCGACAUUGGGCGUCGAUUACAUGUACGCGAUGAGGUGCCAUUGAUAAGACUUAGAGCGCCGCGUGGUUCCGCCUCCGCCGUGCCCAAACGCGGCACAUUACGGACGUGUGGAUAAAGCGGCGCCAUAUAUACACGAAUAUACAACCGUAUUUUUUCUUUCGAGAGUGCUGAAAUACGAGAAAAAAAGGAAAGAGUGAAAUCGUCUUAAGAACGAAAGAGAAAUCCGUAUACGAAGCUGGUCGAGAAAGAGAGAAAAAGUAGAGGCCCGUGGAUGCGGCGCGGUGUCUGCACCCGUGCGUGAAUCACGCUUCGGAGGUGCUUGUGUAUAUCUCUUGCAUUCGAGUACACCCCAUACCCACGACAUUGACCCGUUCGUAGACGCCGUGACUAUUCGCCAAACGGACAAAAGAUCUUUCAUAAAUUGUGUCGAUUUACCUUAUCGAAACUGUCACCCACGAGGAGGGGCACCUUUGUUUCGUUCGAUGUUCCCCACCGGUCGUCAAGUCUUUUAACCGUGCUCCUCGUAUAAUGCCGGUAUCCGAAACGUCUUUUCGAUACAUCUACUAAAUUAAUAAAAUUCACUUCUUUUCUUCAUAAUAGAAGUGAAUGGAUCUUAGAAUAUCGUGUUUUCAAGGGAGAACUUGGUGCUCUUGUCAACAUAAAGGAUUCUUUAUUUACUGUGAUUCGAAUCCCUAAUCUUUUCAAAUUUGUGUAAUAUAACAAUAAAUAAGACGACUGUGGUAGGAAGUAAUAGUAUUAAACCAGCCUUUAAGUAAUAGACGCACAGCAACAUAAGAUAGAUUGGCAACAAAGAGACAGAAGCAGGGACAACAUGUCAGAUGAAGAGGAUAAACCCCCUGCACCUCCUGUGCGACUUACAUCAAACAGAGGUGAAUCAGCACCUAAUUUACCAGUGGAUAUGCGUCCACUACCUAAAGAACCUGAUUCUGAUGAGCGUAAGAAAAAAACCUUAAAAAGCAAAAUGAAGGUAAAGGAGAACAAGGACAAACCGAAUAUCAGUUAUCCCACUAAUUUUGAACAUACUGUACACGUCGGAUUUGAUGCUGUCACUGGUGAAUUUACAGGAAUGCCAGAAGCUUGGGCCAGGUUGCUUAUGUCUAGUAACAUCAGUAAACAAGAACAGAAGAAGAAUCCACAAGCUGUAUUAGAUGUUUUAAAUUGGUAUGAUAGUAGCAGUAAAGAAACAAAAGGUUCCAAGUACAUGACAACAACAAAAAUGGUUGGAGUAGUUGCUCCUAUCGAAAGAGCAAGUAGCCCUAGAAGCAUGGGUAUAGGUGUUGGAACAGGUGUAGGAAAUAUUCGUGGACAAGCAAUGUCACAAGCUUCUGGAAGUUCUCAUUCCCAACAUUCACUGAGCAGAGUAAGUAGCAGUAGUCCGAGUAGUACACCAACCGAUGCUUGUGCAACUAGUUCUGAACAAGAGGAUGAACCUCCGCCACCACCGAUUUCUGCUAGGCCAGAGCGUACAAAAUCAAUUUAUACGAAACCGAUAGAAGAAGAACCACCACCACCAUUAACUACUACGUUAGGAUCACCUCAACGAAAUGGUACACCGCAACAACCGCAUCAAUCGCAGCUGGAUAGAAAUAAGAAUCAGGCAACUCCCACCUCAACGACAACUGAUCAAACGAGACCAACCCAAAGUGACAAAGCUAGGAAGAAAAAAAUGUCGGACGAUGAAAUAUUAGAAAAGCUAAGAACGAUCGUAAGCGUAGGUGAUCCGAAUAGAAAAUAUACAAAAAUGGAAAAGAUAGGACAAGGUGCUUCGGGAACAGUAUACACAGCAAUUGAAACAUCAACGGGAAUGGAAGUUGCAAUAAAACAAAUGAACCUUUCGCAACAGCCAAAGAAAGAGUUAAUAAUAAAUGAAAUAUUAGUUAUGCGGGAGAACAAACAUCCGAAUGUUGUGAACUACCUGGAUAGUUACCUCGUGGGUGAGGAAUUAUGGGUAGUUAUGGAAUAUUUACCUGGUGGUAGUUUAACGGAUGUUGUAACUGAGACAUGUAUGGACGAGGGUCAAAUAGCAGCGGUGUGUAGAGAAGUGUUGCAAGCUUUGGAGUUCCUUCAUUGUAACCAAGUUAUACAUAGGGAUAUUAAAUCAGACAAUAUCCUGCUCGGGCUAGACGGCGGAGUAAAGCUAACAGAUUUUGGAUUUUGUGCACAAAUUUCACCGGAACAAAGUAAACGAACUACGAUGGUUGGUACACCAUAUUGGAUGGCGCCAGAAGUAGUUACGAGAAAACAAUAUGGUCCAAAGGUUGAUAUUUGGUCGUUGGGUAUAAUGGCUAUUGAAAUGAUAGAAGGAGAACCGCCAUACUUGAACGAAAAUCCUUUGAGAGCGUUGUAUUUAAUUGCAACAAAUGGAAAACCUGAAAUUAAAGAGAAAGAUAAAUUAUCAGGAAUUUUUCAAGAUUUUUUAGAUCAAUGUUUAGAAGUUGAAGUGGAGAAACGAUCGGCUGCUUCAGAAUUACUCAAGCAUCCUUUUCUGAAACUAGCAAGGCCACUUGCUUCUUUAACACCUUUAAUAAUGGCGGCAAAGGAAGCUGCUAAAGGUCAUUAGAAGAGUGGUGUUUGUGAUCAUACAACGUGAUUACAAAAAAAAGUUAAUAAUUUUACAAGAAAAUAAUGAAUCACCCUCCCAAAACGGAACGGCACAAUAAUUCAAUAAUAUAUAAUAAAUAAUAAACAUAUAUAAAUAUAUAAAUAUACAUAUAAUAUAUGUAACAUAUCUGUAAUUCAUAGAUAUAUUAUAUGUAUUAUAUGUGUAUACAAUAUAUAUAUAGGUCAUAGAUAGAUAGAACUUAUCCGAUACCUUAAAAAAGUAUCGAGAAAUGGUUUCAAAGUUUUUAAAUUACUCGAUUCUCGCAUGUUGCGAGGAGGUAAAGUUAAAUCAGAACUGUGAACGAUCUGACGGCAGAAAUCUAGUAUUCCUCGACAAGUUUUUAUUGGUUACAAAGAGCUCGCUAUGAUGUCUUAUUAAAAAUAGUCUUCAAGAUAAAGAAUAAAUUGUACGAGUAGGGUUGUUGCCUGGAGAGCUCUUCUACCAAUAUUAAACUGGUAUCGAGGAUUUUCAAGUGACUGUCAGUUAUUUUCUAAAGAUAUAAAACUAGUAUUACUGACUCUAAAAUGUGAAGAUCAGAGUUAGCUACAAACACACAUUAUUUAUAGCAAAAAACCUUAUUAGAUAAUAUCAUAAAGAAAUGUGAACAAGUACAUAGGACCUAUUCUAAUAUAUUAUUAUGGUUUAACAAGAAAUCGUAGAAGAAGAAGAAAAAUUGGUCUUCGUGUCAGACUUAUAUUUUUUGAACGAAGUUAUGGAGAGCAGAGCAAUAUGUUUUCAGUCUUUGGUCUGUCAGUAUGACGUAGAUAUAAUAAGCGAUAGCCUAACUUGUUUUAAACGUUCUCAAGAAUCACGUUCUUGUCAUUAAAUGUUAGCAGACAUCAUUAUGUGUUAUAUUUAAGUUGAAGUUUUAAUAGAUUUAAAAAAAAAAAAUAUUUCGACACUGCAAUUUUUGCAUUAUGUUAAUGUGUAUAUAUAGUACAGAAGAAAAAAUUGAUUUCACAUAUAACGAAAUUUAUGAUAAAUUUUAAUACAUGCGAAAUCUUAUUUAACGCUAUUCAUUUAUAAUUGUAAGAUAAGAUAUAUAAGUAAUUUUUCUCAUUUGCAUCGCUGAUUAGACACGUUGGGAUAUUGACCUUGUUACUAAGAUAUAUAUAUAUAUAAUUAUAAGAACAUCUUUUUAUGGGCUAAUUGUCCAGUUACGUGUGUUCUUCGAUUACAGGUCAAAUGUAAGUUGUGUCUCUAACGUGUCUUGCAAGAAGUGAACGGAUGAUCGACGAAAUUUUAAAACAAGGUUCAGAUAUAGGAGCAUUUUGUGACACUAUAAAGUGCCUGUCUUGUCAUGUUUAGACACGUGAAAAAACUCGCGCUAGAUUCCUUAUAAUCUUGAACCAUCAAUGAAAUGAUUUAAUAUUUUGUUUAAAGCUAAGCAAAUGCAUACAUACAAAUCAACAGAAGAUUAUUGUUUCAUAAUAUUCAUAUAUAAAGAAAAGAAGAAAAAACACAAGGUUUCUAGAUGGUUGUACUACAUUAAAUGUAAUAAUGUCUUUCCUAAUUGUAUUAUGUCUUAAACAUAUAUUACUGAAAAAAGAAACCUUGGGAUAUUCUUAGUUUAAGAAAUACAGAUUUUCGAACUUGUCAUUUCUAUUCUUUAUCAUCUUCAUUAUGUAUAGGAUUUUAUCGUACAUUAAUGCUAAAAGAACGCCACGUGAGAAAUAUAAUAGCUAUCGAAGAGAUUAAUGACAUAUUAUGCAUAAAGUAAAAGAAAUAAUAAUAAUAAAAGAAAAAAAAAUGAAAAAAAAAUAAUGAAAGCAUACAUCGUUUGGUAACGAAUGAUCGUAUAUGUAAUAAUAUAUUCAUUAUCUAUUGAGUUUAUUGUUUUCGUAAUAUUAAAAAGCCUGAUUAGUUUUUUUUAUAAUAAUCAAUAAUGUCUAAUUAUACUUGACAGACGAAGCAGCUCAGUUUGUAUUGCGCUUACACCUAAAUUUGGAGCUGUAUGCUGAAGGAUAAAUGUGUAUUUACCUGUGAAAGGAUCAGGGACUAUAUAAUAUUUAAUUGUAUGAAAUUUGUCUCAGUAUUGCGCGAAAAUAUGAACUGUUACAUUACUCCAUUUCAGCAUCUGCUCCAAAUUAUUUAGGUACUGUGAGCAGUGUUUAGGAGGUAUAGAAAACAAAAUAACUGUGCACGUCUAGUAUUAAUAAAUAAAAAAAAACAACAUACAUUUGUGUAAAAGAAACUUGCAAUUCAGGGUCAAAAUUGACAUUUAA